AGAAUACAUUACAUUUAACUUUUUUUAUGAAAUGGUUCCUGAUUUUCGACUUUUUUUUAUAUAUUUUUAACACUAGUCACUGUUAAACUAAAAUCAAAACCAAUUAAAAUUUGUCAAAUAGUGAAUAUGACUAUGCAUCUCCUUCUGAAGGCUUAAUGGAAGCUGUAAAGUCCAACAGAAGUGCUUUUAUUACUAUUUUAUUGAAUGGUCUACGCUGAUAGUUGGGCUUGGACCAUUCAUGAUAAUUCAAUGUUAGAAUACAACAGAGAAAAAUGAUGAGAGGAAUCCCAUUUACAAUUCUAAUCUGUCUGGUUCUUGAGGAAGUCAAUGGUGGAAAGGUAACUGCACACUGUAGGCUACAUAUUUUGCUUUUAAUUGAACUCAACUUUGUGAGCUAGUAUAUUUUUAUAUAUCUUAAUUCACCAUUUUAUUAUCUAAGGUAAGUGUGCAUGCUUGGAUUUUUUUGCAAUUUUGAAAAGUAGACCACUGAAUAUUCAAGUAAUCCAUACAUUCUUAAGAAUAAUCAACCCUAAAUUAAUAAUCUAGGUAUACUAAUGCACCUUUUGAGCAAAAAUUAAAUAUGUUAUGGAUGAACGGCCAAGGGACGAUAGCCCCGAGGCUAUUAUUAGUGAACAAAGAACCAUUCUAUACUCAUUUCAAAACAUAAAUUAAAUAAACAUUAACAAGGUUACAGCAAUUUGAGUGAAAAAUAGUUAUUCAGGUGGUUAAUCCUCUAAGCACCCUGAUCACAGUACUGUUUAGUAGCCAUGUCCCAAGACAAGUGUUGAUGGCCAUCAUACUGAGGGUAUAUAAAUCAAUUCAAACUCAUCACACUGAUAUUUUUCCAACGGAUCAUAAAGCAGAAAGAAACAUUUUACAAUGAUAUUGAUAAAGACUGGGUGAACAAUAUUGUCAGAGUAAAUUACCUUAUAUAGAAAAUCAUACAUGUAUUUUUGAGGAAAACAAGCACUGGUUCUUUCAGCGAGUUCAGAGGCUAAUUCUCUUAACCUUAAAGAAUAUAGACAAUGUUGAACAAUGUGACGUUUAUCCUCUAUUCAAAGCUUGUAUGUUCGAUCUUUCAUUUUAGGUGCUGAUCCAACCUUUUCCACUGUUUAAAACAUCAAGAAUUUCAGCCAUAGAGCAGAUAGCAUUGAUCCUCUCCAAAGCUGGCCACAGUGUUACAUACUUCGUCCACACAGAGUAUACUUCCUCUGAAAUACUCCAGGCAGCAGCAAAUGUUACCAUAAUUAAGUACGACUACCCAGUAAAGGAUCUAACAUACGAUCUUGGAGAGAGUUCAAUCCAGGGCCUAAUGUCAAUGACGAUACUUGAUGAAAUGGAAAUUAUAUUCAAACGAGGACAGCUGUAUGACACAUACAUUAACUAUUCAAUACCUGCAUAUUUCUCAGAAAUGAGUCAAUGGAGAGGACUCAAAGCUCAAAACUUUGACUUAAUAAUAUUUGACAGCCUGGAUUUUGCAUUGGGAAGGCUCAUGAAAGAAUAUCUCGACAGGCCUGCUAUACUUUGGUCAAAUGCUGGAUAUGAAGUCCAUUAUGACAAUUGGUUGAUGCCAUUCCCUGUAUCAUACAUACCAAAUUUAUUCAUGCCAUACAGUGACCAGAUGAAUUUCGAAGAACGAGUGAUUAACACAUUUUAUUAUGUUUUAUUACAGUAUCAUUACAUUCCAUACUGGCGAGAUAUGGUAGAUGAAAGUCUGGCAAAAGUGGCUGAUAAGCUUGGACUUUCACGUGAUAUCAAUCCUGUUCUCAAUGAUGCAGACUUGAUUUUUAUCCAAUCCAACUCAGCAUACUUCUACCCUCGCCCUAUUAUGCCUAAUGUUAUUCCUGUUCUUGGACUGAAAGACCGAGAUCAUAACCCAAUUGAUCAAACAUAUGUAAAUUUUAUAGAUGGUGCUGAUGAUGCUGGUUUUAUUCUUUUCACAUUUGGUUCAAUGCCAAAGGGAAUGGAUGAGAAACGCAGAGAAAUAUUUGCUACUGUGUUUGCCAGACGAAAACAACGGGUUUUAUGGAGAUAUGGUGGCCAUCGUCCAAAAUCACUUGGCAAUAAUACAAUGUUAUCACCAUGGUUACCACAAAACGAUCUUCUGGGGCAUCCAAAAUUGAAAUUAUUCAUCACUCACUGUGGAGCAUCUGGUUCAGCUGAGGCUGUUUUUAAUGGAGCAUCUGUUAUUGUAUUUCCAUUAUUUUAUGAUCAGAGACAUCACUGUGCAAUUCUGACACAACGUCAUAAAAUGGGUUUAACUUUAUCAUAUGCUGAUGUGACAGAGGAGACAUUAUCAGCAGCAUUAGAUGAGGUCCUAGGCAACCCACAAUACAAGAAGAAUGCUGCAAAGGCAAAGAAACUAGCCCGAGACCAACCCAUCAAUGCUACCUAUACCAUACAGUAUUGGUGUGAAUACAUUAUGAAGCACAAAGGCGCACAUCACUUGAAAUCAACUGCCACGUUUGAACUGAACUUCUUCCAGUACUUCUUGCUAGAUAUACUACUUCUAACUUUCAUAAUUGUAGUGAUCUUCUUGGCUAUCCUAUAUUGCACCAUUAAACAUGUGGUAAUGUACUUAUGCAAGUCAAAGAAACUGAAGACUGCAUAAGUUCACGAAAACCCAUCUAAUCAAAAUUUCAACAUAUGGCAGUCAAUGAGGGAAUACAAAAUAUGGUUAGCGAAAAAAUGUUCACAUUAGGGGUGUUCAGAUUAGAGAGGUGUUUGGGCUAAACAAGUUUUACUGUAAUUCUUUAUUUUUUGGAUCAGAUGAUUAAAAACAGUUUAACAACCCGUAAUAGGAUUCUACCUCACAUAUUCUAAGUACCUCAGUACAAAAAUGAAUGUACACACUCCUGAUUUAUGUCAGAAGCCUAUUAUCAGUUAUGAUCCCAAUAUGAAGCUCCUGAAAAGGUGUAAAUGCCCUACACUCGUAAAAAUCAUUUUUCAUAUAAUUUUUAUUAUA